UGCGCAGGCGGGACAGCGGCCGCUACCUGGCAGUGCCGGCAGUGCCGGUCCGUGCGGGCAUGGCGGCCGCGUUCCUGAUGGAGAUCAGGCGGGGGACGCAGAGCGCCUUGCUGGUUAUCCGCGCGGCGGCGGAGCUCCCCAGCGCGCCCGUGGAGGUGGCGGUGUGCGCGGAUUCCCUGCAAGUGAGGAGCGGCGGGAGCUGCGAUGCGGCGGCGCUGCCGGCAGGGGUCAGCCUGGCGCCGUCCUCGUGCCGCGGGCUGCGGMGCCUGCGCGGGGACGGGCUGCACCUGCGCGUGCGCCUGCGCCGCCCGCCGCCCGCCGCCGAUCUGGUUUUCACUUUGCGGGAAAGCCUGAAAUCCAACAAGAAUUACGUCUUUUACUGUCAGUCCUGUGGUGACGUCGUAGUAAAAGACCGGAAAUUUCUCAGAGUUCUUCCUCUACCGAGUGAAAACUGGAGUGAUUUAGUUGAAGAGUGGUGUUGUCACCCUGACCCAUUUGCCAGAAGCCCUUUGCRCCCUCAGCAUGGUGACUGUUUUCUUGGAGACACUUUUUUUCUGCUGAAUUCAGGAAAUGAAUCCCAUCUGCCUGAAUCCCCUGCUUGCUGCUCAGAGGCYGGACACAAUGUUUCUCAGAGUGACUCCAGCUUGAAGUCAAAAGAAAAUACCAGAGUAAUUUGUAAGCGCUGCAAGACAAUGCUGGGAGAAACAGUUUCAUCAGAUACCAUUAAAUAUUAUGUCACCGAGGUGAUUAUUCAACUAGCUGAGGGAAGUUUCAGUCCAACACCAAGGUCUCAAUUUGUACAGAGCAUGGUUGCUCAGUGUCUUUUGGAAUUAUCCUCUGCUAAAAGCACAUUUCGAUUCACCAUUAAAGGAGAUGAUGGAAAAACCUAUAUUCUGAUAUGGCUUUUAAAUUCUGACACAUUGCUGGUAGAGUCUUCAGGAAGUUCCUCCUCCCACAGUGUUUUUACGCUGUUUGGAGAUACUUUCAUGUCUAGCUCUGGACCAGUGGGAACCUGGAAUGCUGCCAAAGUCCUUUACCAGCCAUGCAUUAAAUGCAGGAAUAAGGACCUUGCUGAUGCAUGGGAAAAUGAUAUGGGAGUUCACCCUCUAAAGUUUCCAUCAGAAACAUGUUUGGAAUUGUUGCUGAUACUGGGUUUGAGCACUGCAUCUCUGCCCCCUUCACUUCAAUGCAUGAACUCUUUUCAGGUUGCCUUUUUGAAGAUGUGAAGAACAAAGAUACCUGUGUUUGAAGCUAUUGUUAGAUUUAUUUUCAGCGGAAAUAUGAACAGAUAACUUUCAAUGGUGUGACUUCUAGAAGAAAAUCCACUGGCAGUACAAAAGAAAAUGGGCGUUUGGAGGGGGUGUGUGUAUUCUUCAUAUCUGAAUGUAUUUCAAAACCAAAGGCAGAAUUGACUUUUGUAUCAGWGCAUUCUUGCAUGUCAUUCUAAGAGUGACCUACCUGUCACCCCUCUGACAUCCAGCUGGGCUGACUAUUAUGAUGYCUUCACUGACAAAAGGAAAUUUCCUGUCUAUCUUCUACUACCUUUAUCAGUGUUUGAUAGCAAUGUGUAUGUCUUUAGGAAAGUUCACAACUGGUAGCAAAUAUUUUAAAAUAUCAUGGAUACUAAUGUGAGUUUUUUGCUUCCUUUUUUUCUGGUGAAGUUAGAGGUCCAAUUUUGAAACAUAAAAUCUGUUUUUGUAAAAAGUACAUGUUUAUCAUGUAUAUUCUUUCUGCAUUUAGGUUUACCUCUUGAGAGUGAAGGAAGACAGUUUCUGCAUUGCUACAUCAUAUUUUUUUAAAAUUGAUAAUGUUUUGGAGCAUCAAGGUUUUUAUGUUUACUUGGAAUAAUUAUUAGUAGUAGUAUUUCAAGGGAAGUUAACAUUCCCUUUACUCAUUAUAUGAUCCUAAUGUAGGAAGUGAUCCUACAAAGUGUUGGACAGGUAGCUGGGGCCUCACAGCACCCAGUCUGGAUAUAAUUUUUCUGUUAUUAUUUUACUUUUCGGUAUUGAAGGAAGAACAAAAUUAUUCUGACUUUUGUAUUCAGGGACUAAAUUAUCUAGCUCCAAGAUAUUUUGUCUAUGCACCAAUGUUGAGUCAUUUUAUGAAUAAAAUAUUUUUUUCUUAAAUUA